GCCUGACCACAUGCAAUUGACCAUAUGCAAAAAAUCAUGGCCUCGGAGGUUUUAACAGCAACCGCCUGCCACUUUCCUUAUUUUUUCCUCUCUGAACCUAUACCAUCUUAUGGACCAAUUCAAUCCUACAAAUCAUCCUCACCGACGAUUUAAUCCCUUGACCGGUGAACACAUCCUUGUAUCACCCCAUCGAAGCAAGCGUCCGUGGCUAGGUCAAGUAGAAGCUGUUCAAUCUGACGAUUUACCUCAAUACGAUGCCAAGUGCUACUUGUGUCCCGGAAACUCUCGUGCCGGUGGCGAGAAAACUGAGAAAUAUGAACAAACGUACACUUUUGUUAACGAUUUUGCUGCAGUUCUACCUCCUCCUAUGCCUCCUGCACCAGUCCCACCUCAUCCACUACUCACGUCGGAACCCGUCGGGGGUGGUUGCGAUGUCCUUGUUUUUCAUCCUCGCCACGAUCUAACGAUCGCUCGUCUUUCUCUACAAGACAUCCAAUGUAUCAUCGCGCAAUGGAUCGCCAUUUACGUCAAGAGAGGAUCGGAGGCAGGAAUCAAACACGUCCAAAUAUUUGAGAACAAAGGUAGCAUAAUGGGUUGUUCCAAUCCUCACCCUCAUGGACAGGUGUGGUCUUUUACCACGGUACCAACACUUCCGUCGAAAGAACUCGCCUCGCUGGCACGGUAUGCGGCGUCGCCUCAACCGCUCUCCGCAGCCCCUAAAGGCCACGCAGGCCUUCCCUGUCUCCUCUGUGAAUAUUCAUUUGUCGAAGUAAACAACGCCGAUAAGGAGGGACGAGUGGUGGUAAAGAACGAGCACUGGGUCGCAGUUGUGCCAUGGUGGGCUACAUGGCCCUUCGAGAUUUUGCUUUUACCCUAUCGACGGCACAUACCAUCUAUUCUUCACUUGACCGAUGAAGAAAGGUUGUCAUUUGCCGACAUCCUUUCACGGAUAACCAAACGUUACGACAACCUUUUCAAGUGUUCCUUUGCUUAUUCCAUGGGUAUCCACCAGCGGCCUAUUCCACAUACAUCCCCAAACUCCACCUCAGAUGAAGACGACGUUGCACAUCUGCAUCUUCAUUUCGAUCCCCCUUUACUGAGGAGUUCAACGGUGAAGAAAUUCAUUGCAGGGAUCGAACUCAUGGCUGAAAUUCAGAGAGACCUAACGCCUGAACAAGCUGCUGAAAAGUUGAGGGCUUGUCCCGAGGUACAUUACCUCGAUGCGAGCAACUGAAUGCAAUCGAAUGAAGCAUGAAUAGUAUUACAGCGCUUUGAAUAAAUGAUGGCAGCGUUUAAGAGGGAAAAAAGAAAUAUCAUACAGUGCCAACAGACCAUAUUGUAGGUUUGAACGGUUCCGCCGAGGUUCGUAAUCAUGCACCC